AUGUCGACCACCACCACACUCAUCGCAACCGCUGCCCCUGGUUUCUACGCGCCGCCCCAUCUCUCUACCACGGCGUCCUCCUGCCCUGCUUGUGGCACAGAUGUGCCCAGCCUAUCAGACCCCGCGGAAAAUGCGGCCCAGACGCGGAUAGCAGAGCUCGAACACCAGGUGCGCAUGUUGACGGAGAAGGCCUCGACAGCAGCCGACAAGUUGGCAGACUAUGAGGAUGAGCUGCGACAUCUCAGGGCCUUGCAAGCAAAAGCUACUGCUCCCGCCGAGUCCUCUAGCGUUCUCCACGCAUCGCCUGGGACACCCUCGGGCGACGGCAAGAGGCCACACACAGCAAACCCAGCUGGACCGGCCGCACGAACCUCCCGCAUCACUUCGCUCUUGGGCCGCCGCAAAUCAUCUGCUUCCAUCUCGGCCGGCAUACCCGCUGCUGGAAUCGUUCCGCCGUUGCCCGGUGUCCCUUCCCAAGAACUGGAGCUCCGCAACGCACUUCAACAAGAAAGGGGUCUGCGUCAGGAGGCGGAGGGCAAAGUGUCGGCGAUGAGCAGCGAGAUCGAGGAGCUCAGUGUCACAUUGUUCCAACAAGCAAACGAGAUGGUUGCGGAGGAGCGCAGGGCUCGUGCCAAGUUGGAAGAGCGCGUCGAGAUGCUGGAGAAGAGAGACAAAGACAAGAGAAGGAGGCUCGAGCGGCUAGAAACCGCGGUACAGCGUAUCGAAAGGGUCCGCGGGCUCCUCGCACCUUGA